AUGGUUCGAAAUGGGGUAAAUUUUGGCCUGAGAAGACCAAAUUAUACAUCGCCUUUAGCAGAACAUGUCUUACAGACAGAUGCGCCCCUGAGGACCAAAAUCCCCAAAUUCACCAAGUUUGCUAGGGAUACUACUGAGUCUACUGUCGAACACGUGGCGAGAUAUCUAAUCGAAGUUGGAGAUAGGUCAAAUAACGAGAGUCUUCAUAUGAAUUUUUUUCCAAGUUCUCUUACAAAGAAUGCUUUCACAUGGUUCACAACUUUGCCCCAGAAUUCGAUUCCUUCAUGGAACCAGCUAGAAAGAAUGCUCCAUUUACAGUUCUACAUGGGGCAAACGAAGAUAAGUUUGAAAGAGUUGGCUAGUGUCAGAAGAAAAUUCACCAAGCCAAUUGACGACUACCUGAAUAGAUUUCGACUACUCAAAGCCAGGUGUUUCAUGCAAGUACCAGAGCAUGAGUUGGUCAAAAUGGCUGCUGAGGGCCUUGGUUAUUCGAUUAGAAAGAAAUUGGAUACUCAAUACCUAAGGGAUAUGGCCCAGUUGGCUGAUAGAGUUCGACAGGUAGAACGUUUAAAAGAAGAAAAGGCUAGGACGAACAAAGGUAAAAAGGUAGCCUAUGUCGAUUUUAGGAAAGAUCACGAAGACUCAGGUCAUGAAGUUCCAGACUCCGACGAUACUGAGAUCGAUCUUGCUAAAUUGACACAGGGGCCACCAUAUGCAUGCAAAGUUUUAGCCCCUUCGAACGGGAAAAACCAUGUCGAACCUGAAAAGAAUGACAGGUUCUCUAAGAAAACAUAUACCUUCGACGUUACAAAAUGUGACGAAAUUUUCGACUUACUGGUUAAAGAUGGUCAAAUGAUAGUACCUUCGGGUGCUAAAGUACCCCCUUUAGAACAAAGAAAGAAACAAGGGUUUUGUAAAUACCAUAGUUUUUGGGGUCAUAAAACGUAUCAAUGUUUUCUUUUCAAGGAUCUGGUGUUGAACGCGAUCCAGGAGGGAAGACUCAAGUUUGGUGAUAAGCCACGGAGCCAGAUGAAAAUCGACUCCGAUCCUCUACAAAUUGCUGAAGCUCAUUAUACUGAGCCAGAGGAGGUGAAUUUCAUUGAAGUUGCUGAUGAUUUAUGUAUGACCGAAGUUACUGAAGACUUCGUCCAUAGGUCUGUCAUGGUUAAAGUACAUGAGUACUCCGAGCAGGAACCUCUUGAUGGUUUGGCCCUAAGGGGUACAAAGGACAUCAAGAAAUAA